AUGGCUAAUUUAGUCGAAACAUCUGAACAGAAUUUAGUUAGAAAUACUAAAGUUGAAAUUGAAUUUUGUAAAGUUUGUGACUAUGGAGGGCAUUGUUUAGUACUUGCUGAAGAAAUAAAAAAGAAGAGUCCAAAUGCCACAAUUUUUUGUAAAAAAGGAAGGCAAGGAGCAUUUGAAGUAGUGGUCAAUGAUAAACUUAUUUACUCAAAACUUCAAACAAUGGCUUUACCCAAUUAUGAAGAAGUAGUUGAAGUUGUAAAUGAUGUAUCUAAAGGAGCAGAACCAAGGGAAAUAAAAGGACAACAACCAAUAAACUGUGCAAUAUCA